AUGUCAUAUUCAAAAAUAUUUUCAGGAGAUUUACCUGAAUUAAUAUAUAAUAUCAUAAAAUAUUUUCAUAAUGAUUAUUCAACCUUAUAUUCAUGUGUUUUGGUUAACAGAUUAUGGUGUCGUAUAAUGAUUCCAAUAUUAUGGGAAAAUCCAUUUUCAAUUCCCAUAAAAAAUUACAAUGUUAUUGAUAUUUACUUACAUUAUUUAAAUGAUGAUUUAAAAACAAAAUUAAAUGAAUAUAAAAUUAAUAAAUUAUUUCCUUCUACUACACUUUUUAAUUAUCCUAUGUUUUUAAAAUAUUUGAAUAUAUAUAAGAUUAUUUCUUCUGUUGAAAAAUGGUCUGAAACUUUUAAAACUUCACAAUUCAGUGGUGAAUUUUUUUUAAUAAAAGAUUUUAAAAAAUUUAUUAAUAUGUCAUUAUUUAUAAUAUUUAUUGAAAAUGAAGUAAAUUUACAUACCCUUGAAAUUGAGAUCUCUAUUACUUAUUUUAACACAUACGUUGAUUAUAUUCUUGAAAUAAUUUUACAAUAUCCAAUUUUUAUUCAUAAAUUUAGGAAUUUAAAAAUUUAUAUUUUGAUUAAUGAUAAAUAUAUACAAAUUAAAAAUCAUCAACAAUUUCUUCAAUUAAUUAUAAAUUAUUGUAAAAAUAUCAAAUUUCUUGAUUUAUAUAAAUUCGUUUGGAAUGAAAAUUACUUUUUAGUAUUAAAUUUAAUUGAAAGUUUUAAUCAAAAUCUUAACCAUCUUUCGAUCACUAUAGAGGAUUAUCAAGAUCGUAGUAAUAAUAUCAAAUGUAGUUCAAUAAUAUUACAAAAUUUAGGACAAAUUCUUCCAUCUAAGUUAGAAUAUUUGGUUCUUUAUAUUAGAGAAAAUGAUUUUGAGAUUUUCUUAAAAAAUUCUCAAAAUACUUCCAUUAAAAAAUUGUUAAUAAUGCAAAAAGAUAAUGAUGAUAUUAUUUAUUAUAUAAAGAAUUUUAUUAUAAAGGAAAAAAGGGUCAAAUAUUUAGCUAUUUGGAAUUCUAAAUAUGAAGGUUUGCCUUAUUUUGAAAAUGAAGUAAAGAAAUUUGAAUUGUAUAAUAUUAAAUUAAAAUAUUAUUAUGAUUUAAUUUUUAAUCUUCUUAACUUUGAGAAGGAACUUGAUUAA